UGACAUUUUGUCACACACCUUCUCUCUUAAAAUUGGAUCUUUCGCCAAUGGAGAAAUAGAUUUGAUCUUUCUUUGAACAUUUCGUUUUCUCAAUAAAAGACAUUCUCUCUCUCUCUUUCUCCCACCCACCCAACCAACACUUUCUCUCUCUAUACGUAGCGACAAUAAUUCUGGAACCUCCUCUACAUUACAAAAACCCAUUUAUAUACAUACAUACACAUACACAUAACAUUAGAUAUUAUAUAUAAACAUUUACACACUCUUCUUCUUCACACACACACACACACUCUCCAAAAUUUAAGCUCCCAAUCAAAAUCUCUCUUAGGGUUCUUCUUCUUCAAUAAAUUGAGUGACUCUUUAAUUACCAUAAAAAUCCACAGAAAUGGUUAGAGAAGGUGAAGAAGAAGAAGAGAUGAUGAUGAUGAUGGCAACGAAACCUGCAUGGCUUGAAGGUUUAAUGGCGGAGACUUUCUUCUCAAGCUGUGGAAUCCACGAAACUCGCCGUAAAAGUGAAAAGAACGUUUUUUGCUUACUCUGUUGUCUCAGUGUUUGUCCUCACUGUCUCCCUUCUCAUCGCUCUCAUCCUCUUCUUCAGGUGAGACGAUACGUAUACCACGACGUCGUUCGGUUGAGUGAUCUUGAGAAGCUCAUAGAUUGUUCAUAUGUUCAGCCAUAUACAAUUAAUGGAGCCAAAGUGAUAUUCUUAAACCAAAGACAACAAUCACGAGCUAAGGUUUCUUCAAAUGUUUGCUUCACUUGUGAUAGAAUCCUUCAAGAACCAUUCCACUUUUGUUCCCUCUCUUGCAAGGUGGAUUAUUUAUCAUAUCAAGGAGAUGAUUUAUCAAGCAUUCUCUAUAGAAUUGAUGAAUCAGAUUUUACGUUCGAGGGUUUGAGAAUGGACGGACAUGAUCAGCUCGGAGAGAUAUCGACGAUGGAGGAUGGGGAGGAUAUACUGGUAAUUUCAGAUGAAUCUGAGCAAGGUAACAAUAGUCAUAAGAAAGAGAAGAAGAAGAGCAAGAAGAAGAAGCCAGAGAGCAAUUACUUGCCUGGGAUGGUUCUUUCAUCACUUGGUAAUAGAAGAAAAGGUGCUCCUCAUAGGGCUCCUUUUUCAUAAUUAUAAACCAAUAUAACCAUAGGCAAAAAUCAUAUAUAUAUUUUAUAUAAAUAAGCAUUCCAUAUUUAUAUAUGUAGCGUGUUUUAUUUAUUAGGUAUAUCUUGUAACGGGUACGAUAAAAUAAGUAGUACUCUUUAAUCACGAAAAUGUGUUUACUUUUGUGGGGUUUUUUUUUCUUGCUUUUGUGGGUAGUGUCAAAUUAGUUUCUUACUUGUAUUCGUUGAUGAAUUAUUGGUCUCUUCAUGAAUAAAAGAAGUUGUAUGUGAUUUUGGUACUAUAUAAA